AUGGACGAUAAGAAGAGCUGGAGUGCAGAAUCCUCCCCAGGACCGUCUGCGUACGAGGGAGAUAUGGCCAAUAUCAACAUCAAAAGGAAGUGGUCGCGGCGAGUGACGGAGAGUUUCAGGCGAGAUCCCAAUGCGAGCGUGAUCCGAUCGGCGUCCUUCAGCGCCGCCCAUUCACACAGCUACGAUGCCGAGUCUGCGGCGCAGGCCACGGCCAUGUCGCCUCUCCUGCGCCGGCUGAAGGGGCGACACCUGCAGAUGAUUGCCAUCGGUGGCAGUAUCGGCACGGGCUUGUUCGUGGGCAGCGGCAAGGCACUGGCUUAUGGAGGGCCGGCUUCAUUGCUACUGGCCUUCAGCCUGACGGGCGUCAUGAUGUAUUGCACCGUGCAAGCGCUGGGCGAACUGGCUGUGCUGUUCCCGGUCGCAGGAUCGUUUUCAGCAUAUUCGACUCGAUUUCUCGACCCGGCAUGGGGGUUCGCGAUGGGAUGGAAUUACGCAAUGCAGUGGCUAGUAGUGCUGCCACUGGAGAUUGUCUCCGCCUCGAUCACGAUCGAUUUCUGGGCAAACCUCGGUCUCAAUGCUGCCUGGGUGUCGAUCUUCCUCAUCUUGAUCAUCAUAAUCAAUUUCUUCGGCGUCAAAGGAUACGGCGAGGCGGAAUUCGUCUUCUCCAUUGUCAAAGUCACUGCCGUCAUAGGCUACAUCCUGCUCGGGAUUCUCAUGAACAUCAUGGGCGGCUAUGACAGUGUCGGCCGCCCCGACGGGAGCUAUAUGGGCUUCCGGCUGUGGCAUCACCCUGGAGCCUUCCACAAUGGAUUCAAGGGCUUGUGCAGUACAUUUGUCACAGCCGCGUUUGCGUUCGCCGGCACUGAGCUGGUUGGGUUGGCCGCCGCGGAGACGGAGACACCGCGCAAAGCCUUGCCUUCAGCAAUCAAGCAGGUAUUUUGGCGGAUCACGCUCUUUUACGUGGUCAGCCUGCUGCUCGUUGGGACCCUCGUGCCUUACGACGAUCCCCGACUACUAAAUGGCAAGAAUAAUGCUGAUGCAAAAGCAUCGCCGUUCGUCAUCUCGAUCCAAAAUGCCGGGCUUCAAGUGCUCCCAUCCGUGAUGAACGUGGUCAUCAUGAUCUCCGUGCUAUCGGUCGGCAACUCAUCCAUCUACGGGUCGUCGCGAACGCUGGCUGCCCUGGCCGAACAGCGCCAGGCGCCCUCCUUCCUAGCCUACAUCGACCGGCAAGGACGGCCGUUAUACGCCAUCAUCUUCGCCUCGGUACUCGGUCUGCUAGCGUUCCUAGGGGCGUCGCACAAACAGGAAGAUGCGUUCAACUGGAUGAUAGCCCUGUCGGGCCUCAGCUCCAUCUUCACCUGGGGCAGCAUCUGCCUCGCUCACAUCCGUUUCCGCCGCGCCUGGCGCCUGCAGGGCCACACGCUGGACGAGCUCGCAUUCCGCUCGCCCGUCGGCGUCGUCGGCUCGUGGGUCGGCUUUCUCUUCAACUGCCUGGUCUUGAUCGCCCAGUUCUGGACCGGCUUCAGUCCCGUCGGCUGGCGCUCAAUGAGUACCUCCCAGCUCACCAUCAACUUCUUCCAGGCCUACCUCGCCGCCCCGGUCGUCGUGCUCAUGUACAUCGGCUACAAGCUGUACCUGAAGACUGAGAUUCUCAAGGCCCGAGACAUGGAUCUAUUUACCGGCAAGCGAGAAUUCAAUGUCAAGGAUCUCGUCGCUCAGGAACGCGCCGAUCGCCGCAACUGGCCCACGUGGAAAAAGCUGUACAAAUUCUUCUGCUAA